AUGCUGCUCCAGCACCCGAAUAUCGUGCGUGUCUACGAGCUCGUCAACCAACCUCACCUCGCCUUCGUCAUGGAAUACAUCGAGGGCUACACCCUCGAAGAACACCUCCAGGAGCGCGGCCCGCUGCCGAUGAAUGAGAUCGUCGAGGUCAUGAUCCCUGUGCUCUCCGCGCUCGGUCUGGCGCACUCGCGAGGCAUCAUCCACCGCGACCUGAAGCCCUCCAACAUUCUCAUAACACGCCAGGGUGGGGUGCUUCGUCCCAAGGUCAUGGAUUUCGGCGUCGCCAAGCUGAGCCGAAACAAGAACCUCACGGCUACAGGGACCACCGUCGGGACGCUCCACUAUAUGAGCCCCGAGCAAAUCGUCGGCGCCAAGAACAUCGAUGGGCGUGCUGAUAUCUACAGCCUCGGGAUCAUCCUCUACAAGCUCUGCACCGGGCAGGUGCCCUUUAACGCCUCGACCGAGUACUCGCUGAUGAUGGCGCAGGUCGAGGCAAAGCCGACGCCUCCCUCGACGCUCAACCGGGAGAUCCACCCCGAGCUCGAGAAGAUCAUCCUCAGGUCCCUGAACAAGCGCGCUCAGGAUCGCUACCAAACCAUUCGUGACUUCACCGCAGCGCUCGUGGCGCUGCGCGACGAGGACGGCAAUCAGACGCUCGAGACGAUCUCGGUGCCCGCGUUUAUCCUCGAUUACGCGAUCGGCGCGGACAAGGUCGCCAUCGACCGCACCGAAGAGGUCAUGGUCGAGGCCUUGCGCAACGACUCCUUCCUGUCAAAACCUGGUCAGAAGAACCACAACUCGGGCGCAGACACCGCGCAAGACCUCCCCAUGGUCGAUACCGGCGCCAUCACCACCGAGCGCGAUCCCAGUCAGAACCAACGGGUCUCACAGGUCUUUCAGCAGCAGCAGGCGCGUCCGCCGAAGCCGCGGCUUUCUGUGCCCAUUCCACCGGGCGCUGACGAGGGCGAUGACACCAUGACGCUCGAGGUCGACACGGGCUUCCUCAAGGACCUGCGCCGCGAGGACGCCGCGCGCACAGAUCACCCCGAAGAUCUCAACAUGACCACCCAGAAUAUGAAGAUGCCGGCUGACUUCGGCAGAAACACUGGUGGCAUGCAUCCGAUCGAUGAUGACCCGACCCAAAAGGCGCCCAUGGACAUCGCCAGCCUCCAGAGUCUGUUCAAACAGAUCAACGAGGCGAAGACGCUCCAGGACGAUGAUCCCGAGGAUAACAAGGCCACCCUCCAACACGUCCCUCUCAGUCGCUUCGCCGACAGCAGAGAGAUGACACACCCUCGCCCCCCGCUAAAGUCCGGGCCGAACAACGCUCAGGGUCGCGCGACGCGCGCGAGCGGAGGGCACCCGAGCGUCUCUCAGAACUCCUGGGGGAAGCCCGGACCUCCUCGCCCCGAUUUUGGCGCUCGAUCCUCCGAGCUCGGCGCGGCGUCCUCCUCUCCCUCCCAGAACCCCCCGAAGGUCGUCGGGCCCUCCUAUGUGGACACGCGCGAGCGCACCAAACCGCAAAUCUCGAACACCGACAUCGCGCAGUCCUUUAGCUCGAGCGAGCUGCGGCAGUUCGAGCAACAGGACAACGCGCAGCAGCACCCGCAAAACCGUCAACCCGCGCAGAUGGUCUCGGCGCAGGAGCAGGCAGGUCUGGACACGGACCUCAACGUGCCGCUCAAGGAUAAGCGGUCAAGGGUCAAGGAUCUUCCGGUAUACCUGCACCCGGACGAGAAGAUGCUCUACGAAGGAGCGCCUCAACAGGGGCUCUUCUUCGGGAUGCAGAUCGAUCCGCUGCCCGCCGUGGACGCGUGGCUAGAAGAGGACGAGGUGAUCGAGAUCGGUGAGCUCCGCGCGCGCGUGAUCCUCGCCCCAGGCCACAGCCCUGGCAGCGUGAUCUUCUACUUCGAAGAGCAGGAGACGAUGAUCAGCGGUGAUGUGCUCUUUGCUGGAAGUAUCGGCCGCGUCGAUCUCCCGGGCUCGGAUGUCAACGCGAUGCGCGCCUCGCUCGAGAAGCUCAAGGGCUACCCUGACGCCACGCGCAUUUACUGCGGUCAUGGUCGCGCAGCGCCAAAGGUGCGCAAUUACAUCGCCGUGGCGGGGAACAUCGGCGCGGGCAAGAGCUCGCUCGUCGAGUUCCUCUGUCAUCGCUAUGACAUCACGCCAUUCUUCGAGCCGAACGAGCAAAACCCCUACCUCGAGGACUUCUACGGGGAUAUGGAGCGUUGGAGCCUCGCGAGCCAGAUGUACUUCCUGGCCGCCAAGUUCAAGCUCCACCUCGACCUCGAGAGCAAGCCGCUCGCGGUCAUCCAGGAUCGCACCAUCUGGGAGGACGCCGAGAUCUUCGCGCAGAACCUGUACCAGACCGAGAUCAUGAGCGAGCGUGAUUGGAAGACCUACAAGCUCUUCUACGACUCGAUCCGUACCCAGAUCUGUCCUCCUGAUCUGAUGAUCUACCUGCGCUGCCCGGUGAACACGGUCCAGAAGAGGAUCGCCAUGCGCGGCCGUCAGAUGGAGCAAAACAUCCCGGUCGAUUACCUCGAGCGCCUCCACAACCUCUACGAGUCCUGGAUCUCGAGCUACACGCUCUCGCCGCUGGUGAUCAUCCCCACGGACAAGCUCGAUUACAUGACCAACCUGAUCGAUCGCCACGAUAUCCUGACCACCAUCGAGAAAUACCUCGAACCCUCCCAGCGCCAGAGGACGCAGCCAUGA